AUGGGGAAAAAAUUCUUGCAGAAAGACACCAAGUUCCUUGCCCCCAACAUCCCCAAGCCCGCCUUCAUCAUCACCCCUUACACCGAGGCCGAGGCCCAGACGGCCGUCCAAUGCGCCGUUAGGUACGGGGUCUCCCUCCGCGUCCGCAGCGGUGGCCACGACUACGAGGGCCUCUCAUAUGCCUCCUUCAUGGGCGCCCCCUUCGCCGUCCUCGACCUCCAGAAUCUCCGGAAUGUCACCGUUGACGUGGCCUCGAAAACCGCGUGGGUCGAGGCGGGGGCCACCGUCGGAGAGCUCUACUACCACGUGGCCCAGGCCAGCGGCGGGACGCUCGGGUUCCCCGCCGGCAUCUGCACCACCAUCGGAGUCGCCGGAAACUUCGCCGGAGGCGGGUACGGGAUGAUGAUGCGGAAGUACGGCCUGGCGGCCGACAACGUGAUCGACGUCAAGCUCAUCACGGCCGACGGCAAUCUCCUCGACCGCGCGUCGAUGGACAAGGACCUCUUCUGGGCCACCUGCGGCGGGUCGGGGGGAAGCUUCGGGGUCGUGCUCGCGUGGAGGGUACGACUCGUCGACGUGCCCCCGAAGGUCACCGUGUUCAGCGUCGCCAAGAUGCUCAACAGGACGAGAAACGGGUUCGACGUCGAGGCGCUGUACAAGUGGCAGAAUGUCGCCCCGGUUGUCGACCGGAGACUCUUCAUGAGGGCCAUAAUGCAGCCGGUCGGGUCGACGGUGAUGACGAUCUACAGCUCGAUGUUCCUUGGGAGUAAGGCCGAAGCGGCCCUGCUGAUGAGGAAGAAAUUCCCCCAGCUGGGGUUGACCGACAAGGACUUCUUGGAGAAGAGCUGGAUCGAGUCCGUGAUGGUAAUCGGUGGAUUUAAUUCGAGCAUGACGCCGGAUUACCUGCUCAAAAGGAUUCCCGCGUGGAAGCUCAGUUUCAAGGAGAAGUCGGAUAUGGUGCAAACCGCCAUCCCGAGAGCAGGGCUGAGGAAGCUGUGCGAAGCCGUGAAGCAGCAAAGCAUGUCGCUGGUGAUUCUGACGCCUUACGGAAGAAAAAUGGCGGAGAUUGCGGAGGACGCCACUCCUUUUCCGCACCGCAACAACACGCUGUUCAUGGCGCAGUACCUGGGGCAGUGGGCAACGGAAGACAAGAGGCCCGAGACGCAGGCCCAGAAUGAAAAUUGGGUGAGGGGGGUUUAUGAGAUGAUGACCCGUUACGUGUCGAGUAAUCCGAGACGGGCGUACGUUAACUACAGGGAUCUCGAUUUGGGGAAGGAUGAGAACAACUGCCCCAACUGCAGCUGCCCGAGCAUAUGGGGAUACAAGUACUUCAACAACAACUUCAUGAGGCUCGUGGAUGUCAAAUCGAAGGUCGAUCCCAAAUAUUUCUUCUUUCAUGAACAGAGCAUCCCCACUUAUUCGGCGCUCAACAACUGCGUUCGCUUGGUGUCGUAA